AUGUCGCCGGACCCCGUUCCCUCUGGCUCUAAGGGCAAGGCAAAGGCGGUCAUUGAAGAAGAAUCUGCCGGUGAAGAAGACGAUGAGGUGGAAGUCGAGCCUGAGGCAGAGGAAGACGAUGAAGAGGAGGUGGCAGUUAAACCAACCCGAGGUCGACCGCGCAAGGCUAUCCUCUUGGAUGCCGCCAAACGCCUCAAGAAGUUGUGA